AUGAAUUUGACGGGGUGGGGAUCGAUCUGGCCUGGUGGCGACCGGGGGGUAUACAUUGAAGAUACUAUCGAUCGUUCGAUACAGUUAUGUAAGCAGUUCCUGCAGCAUAUUGUGUAUCCAUCAGCGGACGUCUUAUGCAGAUCGCCGUCGAAGGCGAGGAAGGCUGAUGACAAAAAGCGUCGAAAAGCGCAUAGUCAAGCCAGAGCGUUGACAUUGCAGAAAGUUUACGCUCGUAUCACUGAGCUGGUGGGGUGUUUUGCGGAGCUGGUGCGGACACAGCCGUUAACAGAUACGGCAGUGUUACAUUUGUGUACGGUGGGGUGCGGUCCGUUCUUCGUGGACAACACCGGGGAGUUGCAGUUGCAGGCGAUUAAGUUGCUGUCGGCGAUUUGCGCGAGGUAUGAGGAGUUCAGAACGACGAUUAUUCAGGAUUUAUUAAAUUCGUUGCAUCGACUUCCGUCAACGAAGAAUGCGAAGAAUAGCUAUCGAAUGAGCGCAGAGGAGUGGGUCGGUAAUCUGACGGUGCUGGUAAUGCAGUUGGUGCAGUCGGUGGUGAAGAUACCGAGGCGUCGACGUAGCGAAGAGAGUCAACACGGAACCGAACGGGAGGGUGGGAAUGGAGACGAGAUAAAUAGUAAUAGUAAUAGUAUAAAUAAUCCGGACACGGUCGUGAAAGAGUCCUUCAGACAGGCGCAGAGUAUGGCGAAAAUGUUCUUGAGUGGUUUUUUGGGAAAGUCGAAGAGUAUCGAUAUGUCGUUGAGGGUGGCUUGUUUGGACUAUUUGGGCACGAUAACAGCACGGCAUCGAAAAGACUUGCAGUUGGCGGUGAGUGACGAGGUGAGGUUGGAUAUGGUGGUGAAGGUGCUCGUGUUCGAUGAGCUGGGCGAGGGGGAACAGCCGGCUGACGUGAACGCAGUGGAUAUUAGUCAUGUGCGUGUUUAUUUGUUUAUUAUUGUUAUUUAUUGA